AUGAAACCCUGUCGCACCCCACUCCCCCCCCCCCCCCCCAUUCCCACUGUACACACAGUAUGCAGCUAUUGCGCGUCGGUGCGACCAGAGUUUCAUUUGCACACGACCGGUCUCACCAUCGCUUUGUUUUAUAAGGCAUAUAACACUACGCUCAUCGCGCAAUCGUUGCCGCACGAAUAUUUACAUACGCAAAUAAGUGCCAUAUUUCAGGCCCCCAGUUGUAUGGCUGGCGGCGCGUCACCGGCGGGGCGCGUAGGGCGGGCGGUGCGCGUAGGGCGGGCGGGGCGGCCAGGGCGGUUGGGGCGCGGGCUGGGCGGGCGGGCGCGCGCGUGCAGGCGCAGGCGCAGCACGCACAGGCGC